AUGACCCUUGCCGCCUGUCAAAAGAGAGCUCUUGGUGCGGUGGAGACGGUUCUGGCGUCGGUUCGUGUUUUCCAGCACUCCCGCGCCCAGCAUACCGCUUCUGCGUCGUCAUCAGCGUCUGGAUCGAGCAAAAAGUUCCGACCUCCUACUCCUCCAGCGGGUAUUCCGCUUUCGAAAAUCUUCAACAACUUGUUCCCGCUGAGCUACUCGGAAUCGUUUCAACAGUGGCGAGACCGAGACGAGAAGGGCGACACUGCUCAAGAUGCUGUCCUGUCCAUGAUGCCGUUCUACCCCAACAGAGAGACUCAGUCGGUGGUGGCUCGCACGCUGCCAGGUGGCGAACAGCAGGAUCUGUACCGUGAAGGGCGUGUGAUUCGGACCCCAGUCAGUGGGUCUGAGUUCAUCAACGAGUUUGAGAUCAGCCAGUACAAAGCCGAUGGUACCUCUAUUGCAGAUCAGGACACACAUCACAUUAUGGUGUUACAUGGCUACGGUGCUGGGCUGGGAUUCUUCUUUCGCAACUUCAACGCGCUUUCCAAGAUCCCCAACUCCCAGAUUCACGCGCUGGACCUCUUGGGCUACGGUUUGAGCUCUCGGCCGUCUUUCCACAUCAGAUCGAACCCACGCACUUUGCUGUUCAAGAAAUGGGAGGAGCAGGUGACGAUAGCCGAAAACUUCUUCCUGGACUCGAUUGAGGAGUGGCGCCAGAAGAAGGGCAUUAAAAAGUUCAGCGUGGUGGCUCACUCGCUUGGUGCGUAUCUCAUUUCCGAAUACGCUGUCAAGUACCCAGGUCACAUUGACAAGAUUGUUCUGGCCUCUCCAGCAGCUGUCUCACACACUGGAAUGCAGUUCCAGCAACAGACUGACAGCAAUUCUGACAAGGGAAAAUUGUCUAACAAAAAGGCCUCCCUCAAAGACAUUUCUCAAUCUUCCAUCGAUACCAACCCCACAUUUACUACAGCCGAGUCGAAAAUCCCCAAGAUUCCGCUGUGGUUCAAAAUUGGCUGGGAACUCAACUUUUCACCGUUUGCCCUGGUGCGUCAGACCGGCCCUCUGGGUCCCCGAUUUGUGUCUGGGUGGACCUCCCGAAGAUUCCCUAUUGACAACCACACCACGGAGGAAGAGAGCAAAGCCAUGCACAAAUACACGUACGAGAUUUUCCGACGAAAGGGCUCUGGAGAGUUCUGUCUCAACUACCUGCUCGCUCCUGGAGCUGUUCCUAGACGGCCUCUCGUGGAACGGGUCCAUAAACUGGGCGAACUGGGUAUCUCGACCACCUGGGUGUAUGGCUCCAACGACUGGGUGGACGUGAAUGGAGGCCACGAGAGUGCCAGACGAAUCAAACGGGCUGGAGGUGAUGCCGAAGUGCAUGUUGUGCCCGGAGCUGGUCAUCAGCUAUACAUGGACCAGCCCAGCCGGUUCAACGAGAUUGUUGUGAAUUUCCUUCGACGAAACACCUCGAGCCACUAG